AUGUCUCUUCCAGCAACUCAACUCGGCGUGCUCUCAACCAACACCUCUCAAACCCUUCAAUCCUUUCCUGUCCCCUCUCCGGGACCUAAGGAAGUUCUCAUCCAAAACGUCGCAGUCGCUGCGAACCCAAAAGACUGGAAGGUUCCUCAAUGGACUCCUAAUUAUUCGGGGAUCGAGGGGAACGACGUUUCAGGCUACAUUGUAAAAGUCGGCGAGGGAGUGACGGAAUUUAAGGGUGGCGAGCGUGUGGCUGCGUUCAGUAAAAUGCGGACAAUGGACCCCAAGUACGGGGCGUAUGCACAGUACACAGUGGCACUCGCUUCCGAUACUUUCCCAAUUCCAGAAUCAACCUCUUUCGAAGAAGCAUCUACUCUACCACUUGCAGUCAUGACAGCUGCGAUCGGUCUCUUCAAGCGUCUUGGGAUUCCAGAGACUUCCACCGGUGAGCAGAAAGGCAUCAUCGUGAACGGAGCCUCCUCUUCAGUCGGCGCCUACGUUGUCCAACUCGCGAAACGAGCAGGCUUGUUCGUUAUCGGUAUUGCCGGAUCAUCAAAGGACUACGCAAAAAGUCUCGGCGCAGAUGUUAUUAUUGAUUAUCGCGAGCAUAAAGGUGAUGCUCUGGAACAAGCACUUAUUUCAGCCUCCUCGGGCCAUAACGUCGAAUACGUCUACGACGCCAUUACUGAAAAUCAAUCAACUCUCUCUCUCUCACGCGUCCUAGCCAAAGCCUCUCCGACAGGAAAAGGGAAAGUCACAUACAUACUCAUGCCGAGCGAGGACGAGCUCAACCAAAUUCCGCAGGGCAUUGUUGCGGAGAGGACGGGAGUGAACACCGCGUAUGGUGAUGACGAAGAAUUUGCAGCGAGGUACUUGUCAGCGACAGCGUAG